CCAUUGUCAAGAUGUUCGGGUACGUCCGCGGAAAGCAGGGCAGCCGUCCCGCGAGUCCUGCUCCGGGUCGAGCCUCGGAUAUGGACCGCCGCCGCCAAAAGGGUCUGUCUGCGAGAGUAGAAGUUCCUCCAACUAAUCUGACCCAACCCUCAAGCUCAAAGCUUGGUGACGGCAAUGCAAACUCGCCAGAGCCCUCUACGUCAGUGGAGCCGUCGUCUCCUCCGACCCCUCACCAUCAAAACAUGCAACAAAGAGCUACUGAUGAGCAACCACGAGGCAACUGGGACACUGACACAGAACAUUUUGACGACACCACUGCUGGGGACUCCACUGUGAGUGAUGUGUUUGUUAGAGACAGCCAGCCUCAGCACCAUGGCCGCCCCGACGUGCCGAUGUAUUCGGAUGACGACCGUUUUGAACUUGAAGAGCAAGAUGAAAUGGAAUCAGACGAGGACGAGCAAAGCCAAUUGUCUGACAACGGAAAUGCAAAAAUGCAUGGUAACCCUAUCAAUGUUCAUCAGUCGCAACCGCACAUAUCGAAGUUGCCGACGGGUCAAGACGAUGGUGCGAUGAUGCUUCGCAAAUAUGAUCUCAACGAGGGAGACAGUGGGUCUUAUCCUGAGACAACCGCCGGAGAUCCUGAGAGUCAGAACUCUGGACCAUCCCGUCCAGGGACGGGCACUCAAGAGGAGAGGUUCAGAGAACAGCAACUUCCUUCCCAUCAAUUUGAGUCUCAAAUGUCUGCCUAUCAAUCUCAGGCACCCCAAGCUCCACACUACAAACUCCAGCAACCGCUAUACGCGAAACAGAUGCAGAAUACUCAACAAGACGCCGGACAGAUGAGUCCUAUGCAUACAUCCGUAGGACCGCAGGAUCCUUUUGGGCGUAUGUAUGAGCAAGACCGAACCCGGAGGAUGAACGGCCAAUCAGUCGCAAACCUCGCUCUACGUCACAACCGCAACUCACCUCUGCCAGAGGGAGAAAACAUGGCCAACAGGUUUGGAUUUGCAUAUGGUAUGAACGUUGGAUCAAUGGGCAUACCGCAAAGCGGGCAAACAAGUCAGCAAUCUCGAGCAAUUUCCUUAUCUGACGGAGAGCCUGAAAGCGACGAGGACGAGCAGCCUGUUCCGGAAGAAACGCAAACCCAAUCGCAAAGUGACGACAGCAACGACGACUCAAACGACAGCCAUUUUCUCCUUGAUUACGACGACGACAAACUCCACAGCAUGCCCUACAGUGAUCUCGCUUCCGAGUCUUUCGACCACAACGAGCGAGCUCGCCCGCCCAAGCCCUCCUGGCUCCCAGACCAACCUCUUUCCCAGCGCCUCGAGCAUGUAUUCAAUCAUUCACGGCCUUCGGUCCAACCCAAUUUCGUGCCACCAAAAUCUGCCAACAAGUUCUUCGCGUCGCUCUCGCUCGAGGAGUGGGAGGAAGCUGGCGACUGGAUCUUGGGUGAGUUCGGAAACAUUCUGAAGGGCCUGAAGGAUGCGCGAAAGGAGAAGCGCAGCAUCGCGGCAAAGUAUGAGGAGGAAAUCAGGAAGCGCAGCGAGGCGGUGCAAAAUAAGAGGAUGCGCCUUGAGAAUGUGAUGGAUGGGUUCAAAGUGAGGGGAAAGGAUUUGCUGGAAGAGCCGAAGAAGGAGGCGCAGAUGCAAGAGCAAGGUGGAAACGGGAGCGGGAGUGCAGUGUAGGGCCUUUCGACGACAGUGUGGUGGUAGCGGAUUGCACGUGGCUCAACGCAUGGUCUAAAGGGCGAAAUUGGCUUUUUUAGCUGACGAUAACAGAGAGCACGAGGUGGGCAUUUGCUUUAUUUGAGAGAGCUUGUUGAAGACAUGAGGGAAGUUGAGCAUCUUUCAAUUGCAGUAAUUAGCAGCACCAAGUACGUACCGCAUCAACAAUGAACGACAUUCAGUGGCAGUAAACACCAAGUAUUGCCUUUCUUGACGCGGUAGG